AUGGCACUCAAUAACUACAUUAUUAUAAAAAACACUAAAUUAGUAUCCAUAAAGGGUAUAUUACCCUUUCUAACAAAUAUUGUUUCCCCACAAAUAAGAAGCAGUUAUACUAUCACCAACAAAAGGAGUUUUCAAACAGAGGUCGCACCAGGCCCACCAAAACUACCUAAAGAAGAACAAGAAGAGUUUGAAAGAUUACAAAAAAUAGCACAAUCUCAGCUAGCUAUUGAUGAAUAUAAUGCUUCAGUAAAAAAUGGAGACGAUAAUAUAGAUCUUUCUAAAUUAGGGAGUUCAGCCGAAAAAGAAGGAUCUGCGGAAAUUGGUACAUUUUCUCCCGAAUACUUUAAGACUAUCCCUGAGUUUGAAGGUGACGUUAACCCGGUUACAGGUGAAAUUGGUGGUCCCAAACAAGACCCAUUGAGACAUGGUGAUUAUUCUUUUAAUGGAAGAGUUACCGAUUUUUAA